CGGGGAUUUUUCUGGAAUGUGGGAUAACUCGGAAGUCUCUAUUUCCAAACGGUGUCCAGAAAGAAAUAAUGAUUUCCAAAAUAACCAUUAACACAGUUUUCUUUUUGGGGUGGCCCAGUCAAGUUAUAAACAUGUGGCACGGUACGGUUACUCUGUGAUUUAAAAAACCCAAAGUAGUGCUGUCCCAGCAUGCAUGAUGACACCUCCCCUGAAGAUUCGGAACGACGGCCCCCUCGCAAGAACUGAGGAGGCUGGGAAGCAUGUGAGAGUCUGCACGUAGUCCUUUUAGAUCUUGGCCUGUCCACCCCAAAAAGCAGACGUCCAACAGUGCGUCGGGACAUCUCGUCAAAUAGGGCCACCGACACCACUCUCGAAUUUCUGCGUCUACCUUCGCUCGCUCGACUGCACCACCGAGCCUACUGAACACUCGGACACUUUUCUACAACCACGAUGCAUUUUAUCAGGAAGCUGCUGCCAUGUUGGUGUUUCCUGUUGCUGAGCUGUCGGCCAUCGCUGUCAGUCCAGGACUUUUAUACCUCUAUAGGCCAAAUGACAGAUCUGUUGUUCACCGAGAAAGACCUGGUCACAUCCCUCAAGGACUAUAUCCAAGCUGAGGAGAACAAGUUGGAGCGGGUCAAAAAGUGGGCCGAUAAACUGGAAUCAUUGACGGCGGAAGCCAUGCAAGACCCCGAGGGCUUCCUGGGCCACCCGGUCAAUGCCUUCAAGCUGAUGAAGCGGCUCAACACAGAGUGGAGCGACCUGGAGAGCCUCGUCCUCAGCGACACCACAGACGGUUUUAUUUCCAACUUGACUAUCCAGAGGCGGUACUUCCCGACGGAUGACGACCAGACUGGCGCGGCCAAAGCUCUCCUCCGAUUACAAGACACCUACAAACUGGAUGCCAACACCAUCGCCACAGGAAACCUCCCUGGAGCGAAGCACAAGACUCUCAUGACAGCCGAGGACUGUUUCGAGCUGGGAAAGAUCGCCUACUCGGACGUGGACUACUACCACACGGAGCUAUGGAUGGCGCAGGCCCUGAAACAGAUCAACGACGGCGAGGAGUCCACCGUGGACAUGGUCACUGUGCUGGACUACCUCAGCUACGCUAUCUACCAGCAAGGGGGGUUGGAGCGCGCCCUGGUGUACACCAAGAAACUCCUUGAACUCGAUCCAGAACAUCAGCGGGCCAAAGGCAACGUGAAGUACUUUGAGUUCCAGCUGGAGAAGCAGAGGAAGGCGAAAGCAGAGGAAAGUGCCAUUAAGAAGGAGCCUGAGAAGAAAGAGGUGCCAGUCAAGAAGGAUAAGAAGCAGAAGAAGGACAGGAAUUCCUUCACUCUAAUGCCGGAGAGGAAGAAGUACGAAAUGCUGUGUCGCGGAGAGGGCAUCAAAAUGACUCCCCGUAGGGAAAGCCGGCUGUUCUGCCGUUACCAUGACAACAAUCGCAACCCCUUCUACGUGCUGGGACCGGUCAAGCAGCAAGAUGAGUGGGACAGCCCGUACAUUGUCCGCUUCCUCAACAUCAUCUCUGACAUGGAAAUCAACAAGGUCAAAGAGCUGGCCAAGCCGAGGUUAAGGCGAGCCACGGUGCAUGAUCCCCAAACUGGAAAGCUUACUACAGCCCUAUACAGAGUCUCCAAGAGCGCUUGGCUCACAGGCUAUGAAGAUCCCAUCAUCGAAAAAAUUAACCAGAGGAUCGAGGAUCUCACCGGUUUGGAAAUGGACACAGCAGAAGAGCUGCAGGUGGCAAAUUACGGCGUCGGCGGUCAGUACGAGCCACACUUUGACUUCGGAAGGGUAUGUCCACACACACAUCGGGAUGGUUUCAACGCCAGAACUCAGAACCUGACUUUGAUUGUGUCGUCUCAGAAAGACGAGCCGGACGCCUUCAAAGAGCUGGGAACGGGCAACCGCAUAGCAACGUGGCUCUUCUACAUGAGUGACGUGGCAGCAGGGGGCGCCACAGUAUUCCCAGAUGUCGGAGCAUCGGUUCAGCCUCAAAAGGGAACUGCAGUGUUCUGGUACAACCUCUUUCCCAGCGGGGAGGGGGACUACAGCACGCGACAUGCUGCUUGUCCCGUUUUGGUCGGCAACAAGUGGGUAUCAAACAAAUGGAUUCACGAACGGGGCCAAGAGUGGCGGCGACCAUGUGGGCUAAAUGAGACUGAUUGAUUGGAACCGAAAACCUCCCCCCAGCAGUCCUGCUCCUCCUCCUCCUCCUCCUCGUGCCGAACACACUCAAACAUCAUGGAUGCUUGGGUUCCAAAUGGCUCAUCUCUGCCAAGCUCAAACACUCCCUUUAUAUCCUCCAGCCGUCACACUCCAAGUCCCUCGAGAUUGUUUGGACAGCGUCAGUGUAGAUAGUUGCCCAGAUCGCCACACUGUGCCUUUUUCACUCUCUUGUGGUUUUCACUGCACUCUGUUUGACCUCGGGUUCUGUGGCUAUGCUAUUCUUCAGUCGGAGGAAACACUACCCCCUCCUUCACCCUCAGCACUCCUGCCGGUUGACAUUCUUCAGAAGCCGAACGCAUUCACUCCUUCACGCACCUUCUCGCAAGUUAACACAAUGUCAUUGCGCGAGAAUUUGCUAAGCGAGCGCCACCAACUCGCAGCACAUUAGAUGCAAGUUGGUCUUCAGAUCGCAGGGACCGCAUGAAAUAAAGGUUUAAUAGAUUUUGCCAUAGUUGCCGAAGACAUUUCAAGUAGUUUUGACAUAAUGUGAGCACAAGCGUUGAGCAUGUCUGCCUGCACAGUAUUCAAGGUUUGAAAUUGCCCAAAGGUGUUUAUGUGAAACUUUGGUUGUGUGUAAACAAAAUGUUUCAAGGCUGGUGUUAAGGAAGUUAGAUUGCACAUUCAAACUACAAGUUUUCUCCAUGAAAUUGGCCAGACAGCCAAUCAGAGAUGCGUCCUUUGCCUGACAAUACUCCGAGCACCCUACCGACUCACCUCACCUGACCUUGCUUUUUCUUAGCAAUGCACGUGAUACCUUGAGAUACAAUUGGCUUGACUUAUGAGGUUUUCAAGAUUUGAGCUGUCGCUUGGCUUAUUUCUAAACUUUUUGGGGGUUGCAAAUCUGUUCAUUUGCAGAUAUCUGCUAUUUACAGGCUGGUCUUGGUCCAUGGUUCACUCCAUAUGUGAUACCAGAACUAGGAUGUUUCUAACACACUAGUUUGAUGGGUGUACAAAUGGAUAGUCUAGCAAAUGAACAGAUCCACUUGAACACAUACACAUCUACAUAAAUCAGUCAAACACGCCCCCAGCAGUUUUGGUGCUUUUUUUUUUUUUUUUUUGGUGGGUUUUGUGAGGAAGAACACUUUUAUUUAUAUGACCCAAGCCAUUUGUGAUAUUGUUUUGACAGUCCUCGUUUAUGUUUCGUAAGAUAUUAAAAGCUGUUUUUAUGAACUUUGA